GGGGCCCAGGGCUCGAGGCGUCUGGUGCCGUCUCGCUUCGAGGCUUCCCUCUCGCUCGGGGCUGCUGGGUCCGAGGCCUGGGAUCGCGACAGACGCUGGGCUGGGUGGCGAGGCGGGCUGGGUGGCGACGGCGGUGAGAAGCCCGCGUGCUGGGCCGGGCCUGGGUCCCCGCGCGUCUGUGCCGAGUUGGUGGUGGUGGUGGAGGCUCCACCACCCACCCACCGUGGUGGUGGUGGUGGUGUUGUUGGUGUUCUCUACCCCCCCACCCCACCCUGGUUCUACUCGAGCUGUUGGUGGUGUUGUGGGGUUUGGCGGUGGUGGUGGUGGUGUUGUUGUUGGUGUUGUUGUUGUGGGGUUUGGCGGGAGGAGGGUGGUGGUGUUGGUGGUGGUGUUGUUGUUGUUGGUGGUGGUGUUGGUGUUGUUGUUGUGGGGUUUGGCGGGAGGAGGGUGGUGGUGUUGUUGGUGGUGUUGUUGUUGUGGGGUUUGGCGGGAGGAGGGUGGUGGUCUCUCUUCCUUGGGGGGGAGUUUCGGAACUUUUGCCCGGGGGCCGCUCCAAGUCGACUGUCGGGGCCGCGCGUGGCCUGGAACUCCGCGCGUCCUCCAUCCAACAUCCACCGCCAAGUCGUCCUCCUCGUCCACGACGUCGUCCACUCUGCCCGUCGCAGUCUCGAGCAGCGACGGCCGCCGCCGCCGCCGUCUCUCAGCACCCGAGGAGCUUCCUCGCGAGUGUCGCUGCCGCUCCCCGCCUGGUCCCUGGGCCCCGGCUCGGGCCCUGCGGCCCACUUGGGCCUCGCGGCUGCCGGCCGGCAGCAUGAACGCCACGUCGCUGUACGCGUCCACGUGCCGCUGCGUGCUGCGCUGCGACCCGCGCAGGCCCGGGAGCCUCAACGACGUCUGCAGACUCCUGCCCAGCCUGAGGCAGGCGCUGUCGUGCUGCGUGUGCGCCCAGCUUCUGGUGGACCCGAUGGUGCCGGCGAACGGCACCUGCCAGCACUUUGUGUGCCGCGCGUGCCGGGGCCAGCGGCUGCGUGUGCGUCCCCCGUGCUCGUGCUCGCGCGACCCGCACGCCCCCUACUCCGAGUGCCGGCAGCUGGCGCUGCUGCUGGCGUGCUACCGCACCCUCUGCGAACACCUGCUGGGCUCCCACAUCGGCCGCGCCAUCGCCUCUCGCGCCAGCCACGAGCGCCACGGCCUGGUCCGUGCCGCCGACGACUCGACCGCCGACGCCGCCGCGGCCGCCGCCGGUGCCGCCGCCUGUGCCGCGGCGACGACGGCGGUAGCCGGCGACGGGGACGCCGGCGGGGGCGGCGGCGCGAGCCGCGCGGACAAACCGCCGCAGGGCGCCGGGGUGACCAACGGUGACGCCGAGACUAACGGCGACGAAAGCGGCAACGAAAACGGCGCCAAGAAGCCGAAGAGCAAUGGCGGCGGCGGUGGUGCCGGUGGCGCCGGUGCCGAUGGCGACCGGGGUCAGGACGACGGUCGCGACGAGCGCCCGGAAAACGGUUCCACCGCAGGAAUGGAAUUCCUGGCUGCUGGAGAGAGUGGCGGUGGCGGCGGCGACGGCGCAGAGGGGAGCUCCUGUGUCGCGGGGUCAGACGCCCCGAUGGGUGCGACCGCCACCGAUGUCAUGGCCGGGAGCGUCGCCGGAACGGGGUCGAGUUUGAACGAUGGCGGCGGCGGCGGCGAUGGCGACACCGCGGCGGAGGGCGGCGUCGCCGGGUCCGUGGCGGUGGCGGCAGACGGCGGCGGCGGUGCGGGCGCGGUGAUGCGCGCGGGGAUGGUGGACGUCCUGGCCAUCCUGCGCGAGGGCUUCCCCGAGUCUAACGGCGACUCCCUCAACGGCAACGGCGACGCCGAGCACCUGGGGCGCCGCCGGCGCCGCCGGCACCGGCACAGGCGGCGGAGGAGGCACUCGGACUCGGAGUUGAACUCGGACUGGGAGAGGUUUUCGGAUUUUUCCAAAGCUUCGUCGUCAUCGUCGUCUUCCUCGUCGUCGUCGUCGUCAUCGGCGUUGGACUCGGACGAAGGCGGCGCCCGCUUGGACCGUUCGGCCGCAGCGCCACCGCUGGUGAACGGGCGCGCACGCAAAGUUCGCGUCGCCGUCAUCCGGUGCGACGUCGCCAUCGCGUGCAACCUCCAGCGCGAGGAGGAGGAAGAGGAGCGCAAACAGCAGCAGCUACAGCUGCAGCAGCUACAGCUGCAGCAACAGCAGCAGCAACAGCAGCAGUUGCAGCAGCAGCAGCAACAGCAGCUACAACAGCAGCUGCAGCAACAGCAGCAGCAGCUGCAGCAACAGCAACUCCUACUCAGCCAACAGCUGCAGAACAAACAGCAACAGCAACAACAGCAGCAGCAGCAGAAAAAGAAGAUGAAGCUGGAGUCCCAGACGCUGAGCAGCUUUGCCGUCGGUCUUGGCGCCAAUUCGACAAUGGGCGUUGUUGUUGUCGGUAGUGGUGGUGUCAGCCUGGACCUCGCCGCUCGCAGCGUGGCGACGGUGGUGACGUCAGCGGCGGCGGCGGCAACGGUGGCGGCGGUGCCAGCGACAGCAGCGACGCCGAUGGUUGCACCGACCCUGGCGACGCCGGCGGUCGCCACGGCAGCCAACGGCAAGAACCAGCGCAAGCGCUCGCGGUCAGACGGUGACGGAGCCCUCUUCACAACGCCACAGCCACCGCAACCGCAGCCAUCGCCGGCGACAGCGGCAGCAGCGCCACCCAGUCAACACCACCACCAUCACCAACACCACCUGCACCAGCAGCAUCAGCAGCAUCAGCAGCAUCAGCAGCACCAGCAGCACCAGCAGCACCAUCACCACCAGCAGCAGCAGCAGGCUGCGGUGGUGGUGGUCGGCGGGAAGCCGGUACAGCCGGUUCCCGCACCGAAGACAACGGCUAAAAAGCACGGGGGCGCGGGUGCCGGCGCCGCCAGGAAGAACGGCGCCAAACCUCGCUCCGGCGGCGGGGGAGGCGGCGGGACCUCACGACCGCCCAAGCGGAAGCCGCCAGCGGCCGGUGGCGCGGGCAGCCCCUACCUGGUCUCGUCGUCGCUGGCACAGACCACGGUGUCGGCGCAGCACGUGGCCGCGGCCGCGGCGGCGGCGGCCGCAGCGGCCGGAAAGAAAAAAUCGUCCAUGUCGGCGUGCGUGGGCGCCCCCUCGGGCGCGAUGCAGCCGCCUUCCUCCGCGGCGGCCUCCGCCGCUGCCGGUGGCACCGCGACCACCUCCUCCUCCGCGUCGUCGACAUCGUCGUCGACGACGACCACGGCGACGACGAAGAAAGGUUGCAAGUGCGGGCGUGCCACGCCCAACCCCAGCGUGCUAACGUGCCGCGGCCAGCGCUGCCCGUGCUACUCGAACCGGCGCGCCUGCACCGAGUGCGUGUGCCGCGGUUGCAACAACUCGUACUCGGAAGAUGGCCGCAAGAAGCUGGAGGCGUUCGCGGUGCCGGAGAUCGCGCUGGCGAGCGAGCAGCGUGCACUCGGCCUGCACGGCACCGUCGGCGCCGUCGUCGGCUCGGCGAGCGGCACCGGCGGCACCGGGGGGCUCUCCUCGCAGUUUGGGAGCCUCGUAGCCGAAGCUCGGACGAUGAUGUCGGUUUCGGUGGCGGGCGGCGGCAGCGGCGUCGGCGGCGCGGUGUUCUCCAGCGCCGGCUCGCCGUACGGAUUGGGGCUGCUCGGCAGCGGCGGUGCCGGCGGGGGACCGGUCGGCGGUCUCGGCGGCGGCGGCGGCGGCACCGCCGGGUACGGCAGCCUGGGCCUCGGCAUCGGUCUGAACCUUGGCCUGAGUGGCGCCGGGUUUCUUAGCGUGGCGGCCGGCACGGGUUUCGACGGGAAGGACGGCGAUGAGGAUAUUGACAUCACGUGACCUCGUCGCGGGGGUGGGGGGUGGACGCUGCUUCGCGUGCCCUCGUCGGGAGGUCUUGCGGAACAUUCUCGCGGAGCCGGAACCGGUAACAACGACUCGUGUUCGCGUGUUGCGCCCGUAAUCUAACGAGAGUCUCAGCAGUUUUUCUUUUUUACCUCGGGGUUCCUCCGAUGGCAGUUGUCCCUGCGUGACGCUGCGUGACACUGUGUGAUUGAGCGGCUCAGUGUUUUUAUGCCGCCGGCGCGUUUACCGACUGAAUGGGGGACUUGAUGUUCGCGCACACGUGCACACGUGCACACGCGUGCUCGCGCACACACAGAGACAAAGAUCCCCUGUACAGCCUUAACAUACUGAUGGGGCAAGUGCUGCCCGCGAGCACCUACGAAGGGUGGCACGGGCACACGAGGGGGUGGGUGGCCGAUACCACGCUCGGCCGCCUUUGUCUCCUCGGUGGCGAUAUUUACACACUGCACCAGGUACUCGUUUGAGGUUGGGUCGACCUAGGGGAGACCCAUGACUGCUUCAGAUAGUCGUCGCUGGUGUUGGCCGUGAGCAGGCAUCGAACUUGGGUUGCCGAGUUCGUAGCGCAGUGCGCUAACCACUACGCUACCACUCCCCGCACACACAUGCUACACACACUCCCACUCCCCGCACACACAUGCUACACACACUCAUGCAGCAAACGCACACACAUGCUACACACACUCGCACUCCCCGCACACACAUGCUACACACACUCAUGCAGCAAACGCACACACAUGCUAAACACACUCAUGCAGCAAACGCACACAGCCUUUGUGCUGUCAGGCCGGGGCUAGGGGGGACAUCACUGUCAUCUUCUUCUUCGCGUUUGUUUUCUACGCCUAAAUAUUCGUUUUUAUCAGUAGCGGUGGUGGGAAAGUCUUGUCCAUGCUUGGUCACCAAAACGAUGGGCUUCGUAAGAGCCAGUGGUGGAGUGAGGUGGUGGUGGUGGUGGUGUCGAGGCAGGAGGCGGUGGUGCUGUGACUGAAUAUUGGAGGAAGUGGCCAGGAGCUCGGGGAUGCUGAGCCGGUGUUACAGAGAAUAUAUUUACACUCCCCACAAACAAAUCUACAUUCAUUCCCUCCAAAGGAACGAAUACAAGUUUGUUCCCACCGGCGGACAUUUGUUUCCCACUACUCCGUGUACUUUUGAGCGAUUGCGCCCUAGAAAUAUAAAUUAUGAUUAAGUUAGCUUUCCGGAUGAUGGUUAGUCAGGCACUACAAUGGUUAAGAUAACAUUCAGACUAACCGGAUGCUUGAAAAAGUAAAACACCGAAACUAUAACAAAAGCAACCUGAGCCACUUGAUCCCCGAUCAAUCUUGGACACUGGUUUUACAUUUUAGCAUCGUGAAAAUGCACGGAUAUAUACAUGCUAAUAAAGAUCUCCAAAUAUUGGUUUCUAGGGAUAAUCAAUACUCUUGCCUGGGGCAACCAGUAUUUGGAGGGUCCUAUAUUCUCUGACAGUGGCACCGAUGAGUUGCUGGAUUAAAAUCCAGGAAGUCUCACCUCCUUGACCCGCUCGAGAAUGGUGGUAACCCCCGACUAAGGCUCCGACUUCUCCAUUCCUCCUCCUCUCUCUCUCUCUUAAGAGAGAUAUUCCCUACAUCCUGGGGAAACCGAGGCGGUGUGGGUUCAGUGAUUGUGAGUGGAGGAGGUAGCGAAGUGACAACUCGAUGAUUUAGCGUCCAUCAACAUCGACGAGUCUUAAUCGCGCGUGGGCUAUUGGACUCCUCGGUUUGUAGCCGUCGUGCGCAAAACCUGCGGCUACUUGCUCUUGAAUUGACGGACCGAUUUGUCGCGCCCCAUCGAAUCGCGAGGUCAAUCGAUCAUAGACCAGCAGUCGAUCGACGAGUGUGGCAAACGAGUCGACCGAGAUCACCACGACACGGGGCAUUUGUUCGACAGAGACGUCGAUCAACGAGCAAGAAGACUGUCACGAGUGAGAUGAUCGAUUGGUAUCCAUCUCUUUCCUUUUACAAUUUCUCUUUUGCAGAAUCGUCGCUUUUGUCACUUCUCCGUCACCCUCGUACGACAAGAAAUGUUUCGUUGACGAACAAAAAUGAAGGCACUCAACUUUAAUUUCCACUGGCAAAGCAGAGCGGGUUUCUCUUUUGCAGUCGGUUUAGUUUAGUCGAUCGAGCGAAGAUUCAACUGGACGCAGGGGGUGGGGGGGGGAGGGUCUCGCGUAGUUUUUGGAAGCGGCGGCAGCGCCGCUGACAAAUCUGGGAGCGGCGUUGAACGCGACGACCUCGCCGCGACUAGGCGGCGACAACUGGCCCUGAACCCUCGCGCCCCCUCGCCCUCUGCGUUCCUGUUGCGGGCAGGUUGCAUUGAGAAAACACAAGUCGAGUGAGAGUCCUCUCUGAAGUGGCACGGCGUUCGGUAGAUGCCAAGGGAUCCCUGAAGUCGAUUUUUUACGCAACCGAGACCCCCCCCCCCCACCACACCAGCUGCUGUUUUGUGUCAGUGGGCCAAGUUCCAUAUCAUCCUUUAAUAUUGUAUUUGGGGUGUCAUUUUGACAGGUAAUUAUCAGUAGUGUGGAACAAGUGGGAUGGUUCGAUGCCCGCACGAAUCGCCCACCAUCCUGGCGCGGGUGAACACGGCAGUCCGAGUCCGUCCAACAACCGCGGUGUUUUAUGAGCGUUGACGGUGGAGACGCCUUUUUCCUGUCCGAAUCAAAGUCCUAUUUGGUGAGCGCGCUAUGCGCCCAAGUAAUCCGUGACAUAAUCACACUAAACAUUCACCCACAUCUUUUGAAGUGCACGUACGCGAAUCCGCGGAUCGUCCCAUCAGAAGGUGUCGGGGUGUCGCCGCUGCGGUGACUGAAGGAAGUCCUGAGUGUAACUUUACGACGUUUUUUUUGUCCUCGUUAACGACGCUUCAGACUCGUGUGGAACGGUGCCAGGAGAACGGAGGCGUUCGUCUUGGGUCGUGUCUGUAACCUUCACUUAACCGUCACUCAACCCCGACCCUCAACCUUAAGUCGCUGAGUUAUUACCGAAGCCUGACUAUCAUACGCGAUCUGGACCGGUUUACCGUUGACCAGAGGUCGCAAUCGGGUACCCGAUACCCGUACCCUACCCGAUACCCGGCUACCCGUACCCAGCCGGGUACGGGUACUGGUACCCGUUUGCGACCCUGGUGCGGCCGGGUACGGGUAAGGAAUCAAAACCUGUUUGCGACCUCUGCCGUUGACUAAACCCGAACCCUAAGCCUAACCCACAUUGUGGUUAAGCCAUGACAUAACCCUAUUCCUACCCACACGUUUAAACAAAAAGUGUGAAGUGUGAAUGGGUUAACCGUGACCUAACUCCCCACGGGUGCUUGGACACGUGAUGGAUGUCACCUGGACUCAUUUGUAAACGGACCCCCCUUCCCCCCACCAACCCUGAUGGGGAAUGAACGGUUUGAAAUUCGCAGGAGUUCCCACAUCGUGAUCAAAGAAAUACAAUUAAAAACCCACAAUAUUGUUCAUUAAAUAACACCGCCAUACAUUUAACAUUUCAUUUUAUAAUACGUAAUAUAUGAUUUUCACACACAUGAAGGCAAUCGUUGAGCUAAUGCUGGAAACUUGAGGUUUCUCUUGAUGAUGGUUCCCGCUCAAUGCAUUGGGGGUUCGCCCCGAGGCUCGCGGAUCUGGGUUGAACUCCACGUGAAGUGUCUGUGUGUGGGGAGUGCCUGGACAGUUUUGUGUUGUGUACAAGUUAUACGCUUAGUCACACGUGUCAAGUUGCCAUUUCUGAGGUACAUAAUGGGGGGGGGGGGGUACUUUCAACGGGAGUAAUCAAAUCUCGGUGCUCGCGGAGGGGGAGAACGACACAGAAAUGCGUAGUAUUAUGCAAUAAACAAAAACAACUUUUAAUUCCUAGAAAGACUUACACAUUUCCCAGGACAGCUACCUCCGCGGCCAGAGGAGGUUCCUGGGAAAACCAUGACCUGGUGGAAAACCAUAUUCGCAUCUCGUGUGUAAGCAACUCUUGCCGGCAGACGGAAGUACAGGAAGUAGGUUUGUGCGUGUGGGAUUCCCGACCCGCACAGGUUAUCAAUGUGGUGUCUGUAGGUGGCAGUACGGCAAGUCGGUCGAUGUCAUUGUUGAGCCCUUGUGUGUAGUGGAAUGUUGAGUGGUGUUUCCCCUCGUGUGCUGCAUGGGUUUUGUGCAGGCUCCUUCGCAGGCAAAUCGAUAACAAUUUCCUCCUUGGCCAAACAUCAUCAUACAGGACACUCCGGAAUGAGUCUUGAGACUCGGUGAGGCUUGCCAAGGUUAAUAAAGGACGAUUGUUACGACUGAAGCGUCCAAACUAUUGUAAAACAGUGGGUGAUGGAACAGAUGUCAGGCUAGGGAUAUAGAGCAUUAUAAUUAAAACAAUUUGUACUGCUGGUUGAAGGCUUCCCCACGUCGUGUUGGUCGUUGGGCUGUUUGACCAUACUUCACCACGCCGGUCAACGCUGGUUAGCGAAAUGAGAGAGUCCAGGACUGUUUCGGAUAUUGCUGAGGUUAUCCCCAGGCCAGGAAUUGAACUGGGGUCCAUAGUGCAGUACCAACAACAAGCGUGCCCACUGCUGCACCACCUUGGCUAAGCGACGGUGAAUUUCACCGACUCAGCUCCUCCAGGGCCUGGGUUUGAGUUCGGUUCCUCCGACUCUGAGUCUCCGUGGUUAAGAUGAGGUCCCAAAGCGGGCUCUAUCCUGUCGCAGGCCCAUCUCUGGUCAGGUGAGAAUCACAAGAUUCCAUUCAGGUUAAGCUGCGACAGGAAAUUUGAAUGAGGGCCAGGGGGUAGUGGAGUGAAAUGAAUGCCUUUUACCAGGGUACAUGCCAACCACACUACACCGCUGACUACCACUCGACCACACCGCGACCCAGACUACCCAGUGGUGUAGUUGCUGUCGAGUGUGCAGGUGUUGCAACUGCACCACGCUACGCGACUUCCAUCGCCCUCUGACGAGUUCACACCUGUGCCUCGUGCCCUUUAGUGGCAACACGACUCUAGAGUGGAGGGGGGUAAGGGUGCUGUAGAUACCGAAGACUUGCUCAAAUAAAAACUCAUUCAAUAAUUACCAACAAAUAAUUCGAUUUUGAAGACUGCAGCUGCUUAGGUUUGGUGGCCCCUAUUAAAGAAACGACGACCGUGACAAAAAUAAAAUUUGUCUGGAGAGCGGAGGUUCCCUAACCCGGGAUGUGAACACAUUGUUGCUGGGGGUGAUGAUUAUGUGAAUUGCUAUCAU